GCUUGUUUUCAAAUCCAGACGCAGGCUCACAGCGAUGAAGAUGGCGGCGCUGAGGUCCGCCAAACCCGCUGGAGUGGGGCAGAGGAGCGCUCCUCUGAGUCUGGAGGAGGCCCGGUGCCCGGUGUGCUCCGAGAUCCUGCUGGAGCCUGUGACGAUGCCUUGUGGACACUCGGUGUGCCUGCACUGCUUCCAGCGCACGGUGAAGCUGAGCAGCCUGUGCUGUCCGCUGUGCCGGCUGCGGGUGUCCAGCUGGGCCCGGAAACAGUCCCGGGAGAAGAGCCUGAUCAACACCGAGCUCUGGGAGCUGAUCCGCCGCAGCCAUCCGGAGAGAUGCCGGCGGAGGCUGGAGCAGAGAGACGGACAGACCGCCGACGGAGACAUUUUCCGUGCACCUGUACCAAUUCAGAAAUCUGGAGAAAUGCGUCAAGAUUUGGAGAAACAAAAGAUUAAGGGUGGAAGCAAUGAGGAAACCGAAGAGAGAAAGAAAAAAAUCCACAGAAAAGAAGAGUGUGGGAUGCUGAAGCUUUGUCAAUGUCCUUUCUGUGGGCUGUCAGACUCAGAGAAUGAAAAGCCGGUGGGAAAGAGGACAAGACAUGUGUCAGCAUUUGUGCGAAAAACAAGAUGCUCCCCUGCUUUCAAUAGAGGCUGUCUUCAUAGCAGUGCUGUUCAGAGGAGCAGGAGCUGUACAGAUUCGGAGGAUGGAAGAGGAAAAACCAGAGGAAACACACAUCAUGUCCUUCCUGACAAGGCUAUCAUCACUCAUAGUUACAACGCUGGAAUCCUUCUCUCCUCAGAAAACAGUCGUUCUUUUUCAGCCCCGGUGCUGAGCCUAGAUAAGAGACACCACUGGCGGGGCAUCCAUACCUCAUCCUCGUCGCUCGUACUUCAAACGAAACCAGAGAGGUCCAUUAGCCCCGAGAGCAACGACAGCAUAUCAGAAGAACUCAACCAUUUCAAGCCUAUUGUCUGCUCGCCGUGCACUCCACCCAAAAGGCUUUCCGAUGGGCGACUGUUGGAGCCUACGAUCGUGAAGUCAACCCCAAGGAACUUGACACGCUCUCUGCACAAGUCCACAAGCUACGAGGCCAGCCCGACCAUCUUGCAGAAGUGGAAGCAGAUUGAAGUUGAUCGUCAGUGCUUCAAGGUGACCUCAAAAGGUACGGUCACGAGUCCGAUCGCAGAGGACGUAAGCCUUAAACUGAGUCCGGUUGAAGAAUGGGACGGCCGACUCUGCAGCUGUGCUGUAGCCAAGGACAGCUCGCAAGAUCAUCAGUGCAUUUGUGAUUCAAGUGCUAAGGAUCGGAAGGAUAAACCUGUAGUCUGUAAUAAACGACGGCUUGUAUUUGAUCAAUGUAGCAAAGAGGAAGCUCGUGCUCGCGUCAGGUCGACAACUCAAACCAUUACAGAUACUUUAUCCGCAAAAAGGCCUAGCAGAUGUGAAGAACUCUGUAAACCCACAGAAAUUUGUGAAGCGAUGCUUGAUAAACACGCUGGACACUGUAAUCACGGUACUAAAGGCCCGGAGAAUUUCGUAAAUGAGCCUACCACCAGGAGCUGUGUACUUAACAGACCUACCUCAAGAAGGGGCAAGAAGAGAAGCCACAAAACCAAACAUUUGGAAGACACCCUACAGACAAAAGUGUCCCGGACGGAUGUCUGUGACAGGCUUGAUGAAAUGAUUGUCCAGCGAAUGAAUCGGGAAAAGGAGGAUCGAGAACUGGCACUAAAGCUACAGAGACAGUUUGACAGAGAGCGUCAAAAAGUGGACAGGCACAAAACGAGUCGUAACAAAUACGAACUCCGGUCCUGGGCUACACAUGAUGGGAUGGUAGGACAUAAUACACGCAGAUCAGGAAGAAUCUCCAAAAGAAAUGAGCACUUUAACUACAGCUGUUGAAGUGACCUCCGGUUAUGGAGUUAUUAUUGUUACGGUUAUUGUUAUGAUUUUAUUUUCUUUGUUGAGACACUACAGAGGCUUUCUAACAUCUAGAUUAGUAUUGCAAGAAUAAGGUAUGUACUUUUUUGACUUUUCAUCCAAAGCAACUUUCAUUAAUCGAGCCAAUCCUGUUCCUGGAGAUCUUAAAAAGUUCAUCUUAAACCAGGAUCAAACACAACUGAACCAACUAAUAAAGAUCUUCAGGAGCGCUUGAUAAUUACAAACCGUUGUGUUGGAUCUCUGCAGGAAUAGGAUUUAUAAGUCUUUUUACUUCUUCAAUCCAGUGAGGAUGACAGUACUCCUUACAAUCCCUUUGUGCGCAUCACAAUUGUUCCUCAAGAAGUUUGCUUGCAUGUUUUAUGGCCAUCAUAGGACAUUUGUUAAACCUGAAGCUGUUUUGUACAAAACUGUAGCAUAACUCCUUUGAUUUAUAACAUAGUGUCUUUGAAAGAUCUCUCUUGACACAUCCAUCUAUCAGACAACUCUUUUGUUAACAAUUUACAUGGAAACGAGUAAAAAUUGUAGCCUUAGGCCAGAAAACUACUCAACACAAGUAUGUAGAUGCAAAUGCUUGCUCAACAAUUUGCAGUACUCGCAGUCUUGUUGUACGUAACCUGUUUACUUUGUUCUUAUUUUAACUGCAAUGGAAACAAACCUCAGUAACUCAAGGCAGUGAUAGAAUUACCUUCAAAUGUUUCUGCCAUUAACCAAAAUGUAUUUUUUUGUAGCUUUCCCAGUGUGAGAGGGUUAUGAGAUAGCAGCGACUUGGGUUUAAAAGAGUACGCAUUUAUAGUACAGUAUAUUUAUCUAUCGUGACUUAUGAAGAAAAAUGGAGCAGCUGCUGGACAAAGAUGAAACUUUCUAGAGUGCAUGCGAUCCGAUGGAGUGUACUUUGAAAGGCGUACUCGAAGUACAAAAACGAAGUAUACUUUGGACUUAAGGCAGAUUGUUUAUCUAGCUAUUUAUAUGGCAUCUGAAAAUUGUGAGUGACUAUUGUACUUGGCUCCAUUAGCAAUUGAGUUACAUCAAGGCAAUCAUUUGAUUGGUUUACGAGGCAUACCAUGAUCCAGGGUGACCAUUAUACUUUUUUUUUUGGCCUUAUAGAUUGGAAUUGCCCGGUACAGUAGGAUCUUUGGUUAAAGAGUGUGCGUUGAUGUAGGUUAUUUACAAAAUAAACCACGGAAAGCAUCAAAGAAGGUGCAAGUAGUUCACCAUAUAAAAUCCAUUGAAGAUAAUAGAUAGCUGUUUAUUCCUGAGCCUGCUAGCGCCCCUUGUGGAAGUGCUCAGAAUGCAACACAUACUUGUGCAGACAGUACAAAUUUUGUUACACACUUCGUGUAAAAUCAAACUUAAGUAGCAAAAGUUUGCAUUUGCAUAUUUGUGUAGAGUUUGUUUUAAGCCUAACUGCUAAUGUUUUACACUAUUAAAUAAAAUAUCUAUAAAAUGUUUUUUAAAAUGCUAAAAGGCAUUGCCGUGUUGACACGUUAAUAUUUCUAAAGAAAUCUGAUUGUUUUAUUUGUUUUAUUUUUAAAACCCACUUUUUUCGUUUUCUAAAUUAAGUGUUUUGACACUCUCCAAAGACACAGUCUUUCCGUAUUUUUGUUUUUUGUAGUUUAUUCACAUUUCACUUUUAGCUUAAUGUUCACUCUACUCUUAAGGGCUACUUUCAUUUCAGAACUUCAUCUAUUAAGCUUGGAUUACGAGAGAGAUCUAUUUUGUGACUUGUGUUGUAAAUGUUUCUUUUUCUGAAAAAUGACACAUUCAGUUGGACCGCAUGUAAAUGCACAUACAAUUAAUCCUGUCUACCUUUGAUCUUGAUUUUUUUAAAAUUAUUAUUAUUCCAAACAGAUUCAUUUUCCUUACUAUAUACUUCUUUUUAAUGUGCCAACAUUUCUGAUUUCUGCAAAUCAGGCAUUUUGUCCUUUUUUUUUAAUGUAGGUAAUUUGUUAUAUACAAUUCUGUAGGCUACCAGAUGUACUCAGAGAAGAUGAAAUAGAUUUUUAUACAUUACUGUACUAUUUUGGAAAUAUGACUUGCCUAUAUUGAUAAUGAUGCAAAGAUGUUAAUAGGAACUGUUUCUGAUGGGCUUUCAAAGCACUUGGAUUGUCUUCCGUUGUUGAAAGUUAUUGCUGGAUUUGAACGAGAAUGUUGUAUAUGUUUGGAUUCUGUGGAGAUGGAAAGCACACAUUAUAUUUAUUUGAACAGUA